UCGACGAUCUGCCGGUGAGUAGUGUGAAAGUGUAUUGCGGCGUGACAGUAUUCGCGCAGAGACGUACCGGUAUCGUGGACAAUUACGGAUUGCGGAGGAGGGAUUCCGCCUCAUACGCCGUACGUCGUUGUCCUUGCUAUCUUUCGUCAUUGGCGCUACAGUAUCGCGCGCGAUCGCCGUGGAUAGAGGCGCUUUUGUCCCUCGGUUUUCUUCCACCCGGUCCGACCUAUCCGCCCCUCCAUCUUAUCUUGUGUCGUUGUCAUCACCGUUGUUAUCGUCGCCGUUCCCGUUGUCAUCGUCAUCGUCGUUGUCGUCGUCGUAGUCAUAGUCGUAGUCGAAGUCGUAGCCGUCGUCGCCGUCACCGUCGUCGUCCGGCGCCGCUGCCGCCGUCCCGGUGUUCGAGCAGCGCCGAGGCGGUUCCCCUCUAUUGAUCGAAUUUGACCUGCAGUUUCCCCUAGCGCGUGUGUGCAGUAUAGUGGCGGCCGGCAGUGGCUCUCUCGCGUUCGCGUUUCCGAGUUUGGUGGUGCGAUUCAAAUAAUCGUGAAUAACCUCGGUAUGGCCGUGCCAACGGCUUGCACGCGGUUCAGUGACAACUACGACUUGAAGGAGGAACUCGGCAAAGGUGCCUUCUCCGUGGUUCGACGAUGCGUACAAAAGAGCACCGGUCACGAGUUUGCUGCAAAAAUCAUCAACACCAAAAAGCUGUCGAACAGAGAUUUCCAAAAACUUGAGCGUGAAGCGCGAAUAUGUAGAAAACUGCAGCAUCCAAAUAUUGUGAGAUUGCACGACAGUAUACAAGAAGAGAAUUUCCAUUAUCUCGUCUUUGAUCUAGUCACCGGCGGGGAACUGUUCGAAGACAUCGUUGCUCGGGAAUUCUACAGCGAGGCCGACGCCUCGCACUGUAUUCAACAAAUCCUGGAAAGCGUUCACCACUGCCACCAUAAUGGAGUUGUGCAUCGGGAUUUGAAACCCGAAAAUUUACUCCUCGCGAGCAAGGCGAAAGGGGCGGCUGUGAAAUUAGCGGACUUUGGCUUAGCAAUUGAGGUGCAGGGUGAAGCACAGGCAUGGUAUGGUUUCGCUGGAACGCCCGGCUAUCUCAGCCCGGAGGUACUGAAGAAGGAACCGUACGGAAAGCCAGUCGACAUAUGGGCGUGCGGUGUCAUCUUGUAUAUCCUUCUCGUCGGCUAUCCGCCGUUCUGGGACGAGGAUCAACAUCGGCUCUAUGCACAGAUCAAGGCCGGAUCGUACGACUAUCCGAGUCCAGAAUGGGACACCGUCACGCCGGAAGCCAAGAAUCUUAUCAAUCAAAUGCUGACGGUGAAUCCAGGAAAGAGGAUCACUGCCAGCGAGGCAUUGAAGCAUCCAUGGAUCUGCCAACGUGAGCGUGUUGCAUCUGUGGUGCAUAGACAAGAAACCGUGGACUGCUUGAAGAAAUUCAACGCAAGGCGCAAAUUAAAGGGCGCUAUACUGACAACCAUGUUGGCGACGCGGAACUUUUCCAGUAAGUAUGAUGCACAGGGUCGAAGCAUCAUCACGAAGAAGGGCGAUGGCUCUCAAGUGAAGGAAUCUACCGAUAGCAGCACAACGAUCGAAGAUGAUGACGUUAAAGAGGAUAAGAAGGGCGGCGUCGACCGGAGCAGCACGGUCAUUGCCAAAGAACCCGAAGCUGGCAGCACAGGAGGCGAUCACAGCAACGGAAGUAGCAACAACAGCCAAAACAACCAGGCCGACGCUUCGCCAUCGUCAUCGGCUAGCAUCAGUCAUCAGGCCAACGACAGCAACGGAUCGACGGCACCGCGACACCAGGAUUCUUCGGUGAUUGAACAGGAAGCACGACGGACGAAUACUGCUAACCAAUAUGCGUCCCGGAUGGGCUACAUCCUGAACGAGGAUUCCAAAGACGGUAAGGGGACCGUUGACGCCCAUAAACUCGGAAGAAACGCGAGAGAGAGGAGCAUGCAGCAACCAUCAUGCUGGAGUCUUACGUCUUGCGGGUUGCUGUAAGACACGCAUGAAUCGUCUCGUGCUUCCCUUGCGCGUUUGAAUAAUCCUGGGAAACGCAAAUCUCUUAAAGAAAAAGGAAAACGUCAUAUCAUAAAAAGAAUAAUUUCUCCGAGAAAUCUUAGGAUUAAAGAAUUUGGGAAAAUAAUAUUGAAAUAAAUGGUAAAAUAAUGUAACAGCUAUUUUAUUUUUCGAUUUUUCGAACAAAGUAUAAUUGUUUUUAUAAAAUCUUCUUUGUAAUCAAAUUAUAAUCAGGCUAGGUAAAAUACACAAACUUUAUAACUAUAUCAUAGUUAUCGAAAGAUAAAUUUUUAACGUAACAAUUUUCUUUUCGUAGAUCAUACAAAAUUUUUAAAAUGAUGAAGAAGGUUUCGGAAAAACAGCAAUUAUACGUAUUAUCGAAUGUUGAUUCAAAAAACGAACAUUUGCUCUCCAUGAUUGAAAACAUGAGAAUGGUGAAUUGAUAAUUCUCAUUUUUUCAUAUAAAACAAUCUUUGCAUAUCUCAAGUGUGCAGGUAUAUUUUGGACUGCUAAUCAGAUCACAGCAACGAAUGGAUCGAAUUCCAUCGAUUACGUUCGUCUCAUCCGUCAUAUCGUACGUUCAACGUGAUAUUAUCUUGCAUCACAAGCAAGUAGUGAGUAAAACCGAGAGAUCAUUCAGACUGCCCGUAUGCACGCGUUUAAGCCAUCCACUAGAUUCUAUUCGUGUCAACCAAUUUUCGUAAUUAAUAUUGGAUACAAAUUUACAUUAAGUAGAUGAUUUAUUGCUAGUGAAAUUAUAUUCUAUUAGAUUAUAAUAAGAUCGUAAUAAGAUAAUACUUUAAUUAUCAGUGAUAAAAUUUUAAUAUUUUUUCCAAUUUUCUCAUUAAACAAAUACCUAUUUUGCAUCGCGCGCAUCCGUGGUCGCUUCUGCAAUAAUAUGGGAACUUUGCGAAAUGAUUCUGGGCACAAAUGGUUCUGGGUCUAAAGAGUAGCGAUUAGUAGAUAUUAUGAAACUGGCUUACACAGUGCCCCAGCAUUUGUCGGAAUGAGAUCACAACGAGUACUGAAUCUAAUGCGUGAACCGAGUGACACGAUUAAAGACUCUUGGCAUCGAUUAGCGUGUAUAACACGUGAUCGAAACUUUGCUAAUCCACUCUCAAUUCGCAAGCGUCACACAAUUUCCUUUACAUAAUUUCAACUCGUACAUGCAUUUGACUUGGACACAUGUUACAAUACAUGGCAACAUGAAAAAUAUGCCGAGAGAAGCAGGAGGAUCCAUUCGAAUUCAUACGCCACGUUGCUAGCAUUUGUAGAAAAACGACAAGACGACUAUAGAAUAUCAUAAAGAGGAUGGAAAUAGCGCGUUUGUAUUCGUUUAUAUUAUAGAUUACGCGCACCAGUUUUAUACUAUGAAAAAGUGCUGCGGCGGCAGCACCUAUAAUAACCCGUACAAGACUAAACGUAAUAUCGCAAACGCGAUCAGACGAAGAAAA